GUGCGGCUCUGCAAGCCAAUCAGGGGGCGCGGCGGCGCUGAUCAACACGUGGUUAAGCCAAUGGGGUUGCCGAGGGGAGAGCGGCGUCUCCCUGCGGAGCGGUUGGCUUCGGCGGGGGAGCUCCUCGGGGACCGGCGGGGCAGCCCGGCUGCGGGGGGCCGCAGGGCGCCGGGCCGUGCCGCCGCCGGCAUGGCAAAAGGUGCGCGGAGGCGCGGAACUGAACGGGGCGCGGAGGGGCUGUCGCUGCUAGGGUCGGGGCCGGGCGGCGCGGGGAACCUCCGCGACGCGGAGGCUCCUCCCGGGAGGUGCGGGACGCCGGGGCCGGCGGGACUCCUCCCCCGCGCAGUGUGCGCAGCUCGCCGGGAAGGGGCUGGGCCGCCGCGGCUCGCCCUGCCGCAUCCAGCCCUUUAAACAUGGCGCAGGCCGCGGCGGACGGGCGAUGACCGCAGGCGGCCGCGCCGGACAUGGCUCAGGCGCCGAUCUUCCCCCCUUGCUCCUAGGGAGGAACAUGCCCAAGGCCCGGGCGGGCGGCGCGGAGGAGGCGAGACUCGAAAGCGCCGAGAGGAAGGGCUCCGGCCGCCCCCGGGCCGGUGGGGAGAAUGUGUUUAUCGGUCAAUCCAAAAUCUACAGCUACCUGAAUCCUUCCAAAACUCCUGGUGCUCGCCCCCCGCUUCAAGAAGAGAACUCUGUCAUGUAUCACGAGGUGAAAUGUCAGGGCAAAACACUAAACAAAACCUGCAGGAAAGGAAAUGCAGGAAGAAAGAAGAGUGGCAAUAUAAUUGAAGGUGCUAUGAAACCAGAAGACCAGAAGGACAAAGAAGACUGUGCUGAUGAGGUGAAUGCAAAGCCAGCUCAGAAAAAGAUGGUUAAAGCAAAACGUGGACCAAGGAGAAAAACACAAGGAAGAACACCAAAUCGAAAAGUAACAGAUUAUUACCCAGUUAGAAGAAGUUCCAGGAAGAGCAAAUCUGAAUUGGAGACUGAGGAGAGGAGGAAAAUAGAUGAGCUAAUUACAAGUGGGAAGGAAGAAGGAAUGAAGAUUGAUUACAUCGAUGGCAAAGGGAGAGGAGUAAUUGCUACAAAAGAAUUUAAUCGAGGAGAAUUUGUAGUUGAAUAUCAUGGGGAUCUCAUAGAGAUCACAGAUGCUAAAAAGCGAGAAGCGGUGUAUGCUCAAGACCCAUCCACUGGCUGCUAUAUGUACUAUUUUCAGUACCUCAGCAAAACGUACUGUGUUGAUGCUACAAAAGAAACUAAUCGCUUGGGAAGACUGAUUAAUCACAGCAAAUGUGGCAAUUGUCAAACAAAGCUUCAUGACAUUGACGGCGUGCCUCAUCUCAUACUCAUAGCUUCCAGAGACAUUAAAGCAGGUGAAGAACUGUUGUACGACUAUGGAGACAGAAGCAAAGCUUCCAUAGAAGCUCAUCCAUGGCUGAAACACUAAUUCUUCAUCUUAGUCUGGCUUUUUUUUUGUUUGGGACUGAGUGGGUCCACUGGCUCUACAAGGAGUCAGUGGAUGGCUUCCCCCCCCCCCCCCCAUCCUCACUUCCCUCAGCUUUCUUAGUGGACUGCUUAUGGUGUUCUGAGCUCCUAAAAGGCUACCUUUUUGCUUUGCAGUAUUUAAAUGCCUAUUACAGUUUUCCAGGCAGGCUUGAAUAAUUGAUCUUAGAUUGCCAAACCUUUUUAUAUCACAAAAGGAAACCCUUCCUAAAAUUUGAGUACUUCUGCAUAGUGACCGGUGCCACUUGAGCAUGCAGUCAAAGACUUCCACAGAAACGUAACCACUUGGGUUGUGCUUCUGCUUUUGCAAUGAAAUCUCGUGCUCCACUUUGUGGGGUGAUGAAUUUGGCAUUAGCUUUAGGACAGCAGAUGUACUUCUGUACUCUGACUCGUACAUCCAGUGGCUAUACUGCUUGUCAGACUGUUCUUACAGCCUGGUGCUGACAGGCUUCUCUGAGAUGGAUGCUACUAUUGUUCUCAAAUAAGUUGUGAUAGGGACCCAGUUCUUCCAGUAUCUCAUGUUGGCAGUGAACUUUAAAUGCACUGGUGCUGAGGGGAAAUCCAUGGUCAAAUUGGCUGCUUUCUUCAGAGAAAUGACUCCAAGCCAAAGGAGGAUGGAUUUUGAUAGGCUGGGUUGAUACUGAAUAGAAGUGUGAAGUUCUAUCUUCACAGUGAGAAUCAAUGUUUGACAUGACUUGUUUUCUACAAUUGAAGAAGGUACCUUUUUAUAGCUGAUGGCUGGUUCUUGGAGGUGUCUUCCAGAGGGUUUUUAAGAAGGAAAAGCUCUCUCCAAAAAAUUUUUUAUUGCCUUCCUAUGCUAAUUAGCCACAUCAGAAGCUAUUUAUUUACUGUGAAUGCUUGAAGUAGAGCAUAGCGCUUCCAAAAAUAGGAGUCAUCUUCAUAUGCAGCUUCAAACUGUAAUGAUGGAGUUGAUGCAAUGAAGAAAGUAGAUUCCUUAUUGCCUGGUCCUGUAGGUCUGUCAGCAUGGUCCCACUGUCUUAAAUGGGAGUUGAGUGCUCAGCAUCUUGCAGAUGUUUGUAACGUUACUGUUGGAGAACCAAAUCUGUGAUAUAGGCGGGCAAUACAAUGCAGGUCCUUUAUGUUAAAGAUGAAUUCUUACCAGUUGGAAUUUUUGCCAAGGCAGGCUUGGCAUGUGUGUAGAUGAAAAUGGCUGUGAGCCAUCAGCCACGCUUGCUGCUGGAAGGGGUCAGCAAGGGAUCUGUGGCUCUGUUAAUGUCUUCUAUUCCUCACGUCUUGAAGGCUGCUGCUGUUCCAGCUAAUGCCCUCUAGGACAAUCUUAGAUGCUUGCCUAUGUGAUAGGUCAGAUAGCAACAACAUCCUGGUUGUAUGCUCCAGCAGCAAGAGAGGUGGCUUAGUGAUGUAUUUUUUAAAUUAAAAACUUGAAGACAAUAUCUCUGUAAAAUAAAGAAUAUAUUUAUUAUUGAUGAAGUGGCUGCUAUAGUACCUGUCUCCAUUGCAGAUUGUUAGCAUUUGAAAGAAAGCUGUGAAAAUCAUUAGCCAUUAAAUGCUUUAUAUUAUUUACUACUUAAUACAAGGUCAGGGCUGGCCUAUGUGUGUUCACCAUUUCUGAGGAAUUAACUGGAGACCUGUUACCUUACAUAUGAGUUACAGAUAAGCUUCCUUGGCACACUCAUUUGAGUUGGCACUGACUCUUCCCUGGUCUUGGUCUCUGGUAGCAGAGGCUACAGCAGUGUGUACAGGAUCCUCCUGUACUAGAGCACUUCCCUUUAGUCAAAAUUGGAAUGAAAUUUUUUUUCUCUUGAUUUUAUUUGAGCAUUUACCUGUUCUCUAUCAGGUUGAAUAGCUUAAAACCUCUGUUCUUCCACAUCACUUUUGUAAACAAGAAAGGGGGAAGAUCUCUCCCUGUUUUAUAUAAUAGGAAAAUUGUCUUCUCUGAAAUGCUUAACUGGUAAUCAAGUAGCACUGCAUUGGAAGAUGGUAAUAAAGCUGAUGUUGCACUGCA